ACCGCUAGAGUUAUCCCUGUUCACUGGCACCGGCUAUUUAAGGAGUCCCACAGGGUGCAGUAUUUGGACCUUUGUGUGGAGCGUCAGCAGGCGGAUGACAAACUUUCUGGUGAUGUGGAUACUGGCAUGUAGGAUUGUGACUCUGAUGUAUCAGUUCAAGUAUCUGCGGGCAGCUAAUAUUUACAUCCCUACUAUUUGCUAUCUGGUGGUGUUACUAAUACAAGGUAUUGUUCCAAUUGCUAUGAGAGGGUACACAGUGGAAUCAUGUGACUUGACUUCAAGUAACUCUGUUUUUAAAACUAAUAGUACAGUGUUUAAGGCGGUGUAUUUUACGUUGGAUGUUUUGGAGUUUGCGCUACCUGUUGUGGCAGAUAAAUUCAUGGUGGUCAGUGCUCUAGUGUUCAUCAAAUCAGGUAACCAAGUGCUUGGUAAGAUCCACGUGCCAGGCCUCUCCACUAAGACCAAAGUAACGAUAACAGUUCUCAUCAUGGCUUUUCUCCACGUGAUCCUCAACCUCCCUUACCUCGUAUACCUCUUCAUCUUCUACACCAACACCACCUCUCCCAAGACGGGGUAUCUGAAGCUAAUAGUGGUGGUGGUGCUUCCUCUCAUCAACUGUAUUUCUAACAUCUCCGUGUACUUCACCCGGAUGGUAGCACUCCGGAUCAAGCUGAUCCAGAUGGUAACUGUCAGUAAAAUCUACGGAAGGUACGUGACAGACUGGUUGAAGAUGUUGUGUCAUGAGAACAAUAGGGUGGUCCCAGCUGCUACAACUCAAGUGUUGGGCGGGUCUAUUGUUAGUGCACCUAGACCGGGGGAUGAGCCGGCCACUGUGCCGGUGAGACAGAUGAAGAGUAUAGAGUUGACUGAGAUGGUGGACACUUGGUUUGAUGGAGAGUUGGCAGGGGAGGAACAGAGGAGGUAUGUGAACUAUUUGUACAACGGGGAGACCAGCUCUGGGGUACAUAAGAGUCCUAUUAGGACUCAUAAUGGGAUGAAUGGGAAGCGAUUGUAACCGUAAAAUUGUUACCAGAGAGUUCUUCACAACUGGAAAACUUUGUCUUGUUUGUUUGUAUGACCAGACGAUA